CCGGCGCGAGUGCGCGCGCGCACAUUUGUGCGCAGGUUCGAAUCUCCGCCGCUUCGUGGUUGCUCCUCAGCGUCCGGCCGCACCUCGGCGGUGGCCAGGGCAGCGUGCGCGGGCUGGGCCGCACCGGCUGCCCCGCCCCCUCCGCCCUCUGCACUUUCCAGCCGCAGCCUCGCCCGGACUCGGUCCUCGCCCUUCCUAGCGCUCUGCACGCUCCGCCCUCGCCCUCCGCCCCCACAGCUAUCGGCGCUCGGCCUCCCGCGCCCGGCGGGCUCCGCCCGAGCCUUCGGGGCCCAUGGCCAAGCGGCGUGCGGCCGAGCCCCUGACGUUCCACGUGCCUUGGAAGCGGCUCCUGCUCUGCGACUUUCCUGAGGAGCCGCCGCGGCCACCGCUCUGGAUCCCGCCGCCGGGGGCCUCGCAUCCGGAGCAGCCCCUCGGCGUCCCGGAGCUGCCCCGAAAGCGUAAAAUCGACGCAGGGGGUAUGACUGAGCCUUUGGUUUCGCCCAGCAAGCGCCGCGACGGCGGGGACACUGGCGCUCCGGACGGCGCGGAGCGUGAGGGCCGCGGCCUGGAGGCCGGCGAGCCGCCGCUGCUGCAGCCGCCCGUGCGGCCUCGCGGGCCGGGGGAGGAGCCCCGGGGCGUUCGGCCCCCGAGGGGCGGUGGCGACGACGGGGCGGAGCGCGCAGAGUCCCUGCGGGGAGACUGGGGGGCCGCACCGCGCCAGCUCAGUGAAGAAUUUUGGCAGUAUAACACCUUCCAGUACUGGAGGAAUCCUUUACCACCUAUUGAUCUGGCAGACAUUGAAGAUGUAAGUGAAGACAACCUGACAGAAACAACACUUCAGGACAAGAAUGAAGUUGUUGAGAUUGAUAUGGAGUCCUGACAGAAGGAGCUGAAGAAAUGGGUUUUUCUGAAUUUGAGGAGACAUCGCUAAGUGAAUUUCUGUAUUCUUAAGGAAAAAAGUUAUUUUCCAUACUUGAUGUGAUAUCAUCCCCAAACCUGAAAAAUGAGGAAAAGUUGUUUUAAAGAUAAAUGCCUGCAGUCACUACUAUACCUCCCGAUAGGGAUUUGUCAAGGAUAUAGUGCAGUUAUAGGAGAAGUAUUUUAUGUAUGCAUUCUUAAGAAAAAUUUAUGUUUAGGUUCUAAAUAUGAAGGUAUCAAUCUUAUAAAAAGGAAUUGUGACAGUUUUAGAAAUAGAUGGGAAACAUUCAGAUAUUCCUCUUGUUGCACCAAAAA